AUGGCGCACCUCCUCUGGGCUCUCCCCAGGCUUCCCCUCCGCGAGGUGUCUGCGCGGGCUUUGCGGGGUCAAGGGGCCAGCUUUGGUCACGUCGUAAGGUCCAGACACCGGGACGCAGGGUCUCUGACAAAGUGUGAGCCAUCUCUUUCCAAGAGUGAGUGGCAAAAGAAACUGACCCCAGAGCAAUUCUAUGUCACAAGAGAAAAAGGAACAGAACCGCCUUUCAGUGGAAUCUAUCUGAAUAACAAGGAGCCUGGAAUGUAUCACUGUGUAUGCUGUGAUAGUCCGCUCUUCAGUUCUGAAAAGAAGUUCUGUUCUGGAACUGGUUGGCCUUCCUUCUCUGAGGCUCAUGGUACAUCUGGAGCUGAUGAAAGUAACACCGGCAUCCUGAGAAGUCUGGACACCUCGUUAGGAUCAGCUCGGACAGAGGUUAUCUGCAAGCAGUGUGAAGCUCAUCUUGGCCACGUGUUUCCUGAUGGACCUGAGCCUACUGGUCAGAGAUUUUGCAUCAACAGUGUAGCUCUAAAGUUUAAGCCAAGUAAACACUGAUUAUCUCAAUAG